AUGUCCACAAAACCCAAAUCCCGCUGGGAAUCCUCCGACCCCGCCGACCCCGCCGACGACGCCGACGCCGCCACCCGCCGCGCCGAAAAAGAGGCCCGUCGCGCCGCAAAGGCCGCAAAGGCCGCUGCCAAAGCCGCCUCAGCAAGCACCUCCACACCCACUACCACCGCCACCGCCACCGCCACAUCCCCGCCCACGAAACGGCGGCGCAUCGACGAGGACGAGGCGGCAGCAGCAGACCCGAACGCGCCAUUGAAGCUGCUGCGGUACGCGGCGCCGGAGCUGGCGCCGUGCGCGCACGUCGACAAGUAUGAGGCGCUCAACAGGAUCGAGGAGGGGAGCUAUGGGGUUGUGACGCGGGCAAAGGACCGGGCGACCGGGGAGGUGGUGGCGCUGAAGCGGCUGAAGCUGGAGAGGGAGACGGAUGGGUUUCCGAUUACGAGCCUGCGGGAGAUUACGACGUUGCUGGCGAGUCGGCAUCCGAAUGUGGUGAAUAUUAGGGAGAUUGUGAUGGGGGAUACGUUGAAGGACGUCUUCAUAGUCAUGGACUUCAUCGAACACGACCUCAAGAUCCUGAGCGAAGACAUGCAAGAGCCCUUCCUGCAGUCCGAAGUCAAAACGCUCCUGCACCAGCUCGUCUCCGCCACCGCGCACAUGCACUCGCAGUGGAUCGUGCACCGCGACCUCAAGACCUCCAACCUGCUGAUGAACAACCGCGGCCAGCUCAAGAUCGCCGACUUUGGGCUCGCGCGCCACCUCGGUGAGCCGCUCACGCAGCUGGUGGUCACGCUGUGGUACCGCGCGCCCGAGCUGCUGCUGGGCGCCGUCACGUAUGGCGCCGAGGUCGAUAUGUGGAGUAUUGGGUGCAUCUUUGGCGAGCUGCUGCUGAAGGAGCCGUUGCUGCAGGGGAAGAAUGAAGUGGAUCAGUUGGCGAAGAUAUUCGACCUCUGCGGCAUCCCCACGGAAGAAACAUGGCCCACCUUCCGCAAGCUCCCCAACGCCAAGGCCCUCAACCUGCCCAAAAAACCCGGCUUCACGGGCCCCCGGCUGCGCACGAAGUUCCCGCUGCUGACCGCGGCCGGCGUCGACCUGCUCUCGCGGCUGCUGACGCUCGACCCCGCGCAGCGCAUCAGUGCCGAGGACGUGCUGAAGCACCCCUACUUCAAGGAGGACCCGAAGCCGAAGAGCGCCGAGAUGUUCCCGACGUUCCCGAGUAAGGCGGGACAGGAGAAGAGGAGGAGGCAUAUGAGCCCCAGUGCCCCCGUGAGGGGGGAGGCGCCGGCGCUGGUGGGCGAUUUGGGCGGCUUGUUUGGCGGACGGGAUGAGGAGGAGGUGGGGGCGGGGUUUGUGUUGAGGAUGGGGAGGUAG